CCCAUUCUCGGCUUAUUUCUCCUUGGAAUUGGACCUUCAGUGUGUGGUGCGUUCGUUUGGCGCUCGGGUGGCUCGUGUUUGUGUUUUUUGGUGGAAAUCUGUGUGUGAUUGUUAUUGUUUUGUUUUCGGGAAACAGGCAAGCGCGCGAGAGAGCAGUGAAGGGGAGAUCGUUCUCACUAGAACAAGAACACUAACACAAAGGUGGGAACCAGUUUAGUGCGGAUUUCUUUUGGCUUUGAGUCAGUGUUGGUGCCGUUCGGUGUGGAGUUACAGUUCUCGAUCACUACUUAUCUGGAGCGGUGAAUCUACCUUUAGCAAAAAAAAAAGAAAUAAAAGGGUUUUUAAUUAGCAGACAAGUGCAGCGAAGCAAGGAAGUCUCGCGCAAAAAAGGGAAACGAAUAGAAUAUAAUCACUGAAAGUUGAUCUACCGCGCUGGAAAACAGAUAAAAAAAAAGUUUAAACAAGUGCACAUCGACAGUUGUAGGAAUCAAACCUGCAAAAAAAAAGUGUCCCACGAAAAGAUAAGCGAAUCUCCUUCUAAGAAAAGUGCACCAACUGAACAAACGAGAAAAUUAUACAAAAAAGAAAAAGAAAAACGUUACACAAGUCAAGUCAAGUCGGUGUUAGAAGAAAAGAAGAAACAAGGUGGCGGCUUUCUAACUUAAGGCUAAAGAAGGCAAACAGAGAAGUAAAGUAAAAAAAAAAGCUAAAAGGCGCCAGUGAUCGGAACAGAACAGAACACAGUUCGCAGCAGAUCGUCGAGAUGAGGAAAUCAUCGGCAGUGAUAGUGAUGGUGGCGAUGGCCGCGGCGGUGCUCCUGAUUGAGGACAGCUAUGCAAAAGAAGCUACCCCCAUCGUCGCAGAGCCAUCCACAGACGCCGCCAGCCGACAGAGCAAAGCCGUCUCCACACACUGCCCGCGGUCCUGUCCGCCGGGAACGACCCCGGCGGAGGCCGUCUGCGGCUCGGACGGCCUCAUCUACGCCAACAGCUGCGAGAUGAAGAAGAAAACGUGCACAAAAAAUGCGCCCAACAGUGUAGUGGAAGACCGGGAUGGGUGCGAGCGGGCCAAGGGUUCACAGUGUGGCCAUCGGUGCCCCACGGACAAGGACUUGGUGUGCGGAACCGAUGGGCGGACGUACCUUAACCGGUGCAUGCUGCGGGUGCAGGCUUGCCGCGUUGGAACCGCUGCCGUUUCGUUAGCGCACGUUGGACCUUGCAGCAAUGGAUCCGUCAUCCGCGAGAGCUGUCCGGUGGAUUGCAACAGUGCCCCCCAAGACGGUCCGGUUUGCGCCUCGGACGGCAACGUGUACAACUCGACCUGCCAGAUGAAGCUGAUCACCUGCGGCCAGGGAGUGGUCCGUACGAGCCGGAAGCACUGCCAAAGCACCCGCAACUGCCGUGAGUCCUGCUGGCGGGUGGCCCGUCCCACGUGCGGUUCCGACGGCCGGCUGUACGCCAGCGCCUGCAAGAUGCGAUCGUCCAACUGCGGCAAGCAUGUGUUCGAGGUCCCGAUCUCGUUCUGCAUGUCCCAGGAACGUGCCGGUGGAAGCUCGCUGGCGGCGACCAACAAGAUCGAAGACUGCCCGACGGAGUGUUCCCGCGAGGCCCAGCAGAUGAUCUGCGGCAGCGACGGUAACGUAUACACCUCGAUGUGCGAACUCAAGAUGCUCAACUGUGGCCAGCGCAAAAAGAUCCAGGUGGUGACGAUCGACCGGUGCAAGCAGAAGAUGAGCCGCUGCAAAUCGAUUCCGGCCUGCAAGCAUCACAGCAAGAACGGCGGAAGCUCGUCGGCGUCGAUCUUUGGACCCGUUGACCAGAAGGAUCUGCUCUGCGGUACCGACUCGCGGACGUACAACAACGAGUGCGAGCUGGCGCGAGCGACGUGCUUACGCGGCGUCCAGCUGGCCCACAUCGGUGCCUGCACCGUCCUGAAGACCAAGGCCGACAGCAACGACUGCUCGUACUGCGCCCCCGAGGAGGAAACCCUGACCCCGAUCUGCGGCUCCGACGGCAACACGUACCGAUCGCGCUGCGAGCUGAAGCAGAAGACGUGCGGCCUCCGAGUGGUGCCCGUUUCGCUGAAGAACUGCGCCACGACGGCCCUGUGCGAGGCCAACUGCGACGCCCUGCCGACCGGCUAUAUCUGCGGCUCGGACAACAAGCUCUACCCCAACGAGUGCUACAUGCGCAAGGAGAACUGCGGCAAGCACAUGUUCGUGGUGCCGAUCAAGCGCUGCCUGUCGGCGUUCACCUUCAAAGGCUGCUCCCGAAUCUGCCCGCAGGAGUUCGAACCGGUGUGCGGAACCGACGGCAAGACCUACUCGAACGAGUGCUUCCUCAGCAUCGAAAACUGCCGGUCACGAUCGAUCCAGAAGAAACACAUCGGCCCGUGCGGACGACCCGAGGAACCGUCGCACAACUAUUUGUACUAAGAAGCCAACACCACAAAACUGCCACACAGUCACUAAGGCUAAACCCUUUUCCACAACCCUGAAAACCCCGUGAGUCCGUUCCAUAACCUCUAAAACCUAGGGAAGAAAAAGAGAGAAAAAAAAACUCAUUGCCACAAGCUGUCCUUAUCUUUACUUUCUAGCUGUUAAGGCUGUUUAGAUGUUAGAGUCGUAAUUUAACAAAAAAAAGAACUAGUUAUUCAGAAUAACCAGUGCGCGAGAAGUACUAGAGCAACGUUUAGUACCGCGGAGGCGUCAAUACAAGUAUACAUUAGUGUUCUAAAAUCAACCCCAACCAACCAACGUUCGGCCAACAAAAGUAUUUCGAAAACGAAGAAGAACUGAGAAAAUGAAGACUUGAAAAACAAAUCACACACCCCCUCUUUUUCGACACUCUUCCUCUCUUCGGGUAAAAUUUACACUUUACACUAAUCGAAAGUCUAAUUAUUUUACUGUUCUAUGUCGUGCUCGGAGAAAAUGUUGUACGCAGUGUUCUAUUUUAGCAGAUACGUUUAAAAAAAGACAUAAUAUUAGUUCAAAUUGCGCUAAGUUUUAGCUGUUAGUUGACGCACGUGUAAAAAAAUAGUGAAACGAGUUUUUUUUUAUUAUUAUUUUAUAAUAAUUAUUUUUAUUAGUCAAACGGAACAUAACGAUGAGCAGUGAUCCUUUCGCGAAUCAUGUGUAAUUUAUUGAAAGCAAAAAAAAAACAUUCGAAAAAAAACGUAAUUUAUUGAAAACAAAACAACAACAUUUUAGUUUGUAAGUUCACUCCCACACACAACACACACAUAUCGCGCUGCAGCAGUGUAGUAUUAUUUUUGUCUGUUUACUGAAAACAAAAAUACCGCGUUUAGUUAAACGGUUGAAGCGCGCGAGAAGAGAUAGUUGUACGCUAUAACUAUUGUAGCAGAGAUUUUGUUUUUUUAGAAUCGAGUGAUCGGAACCAGUGACGUGACGAAGAGAAGAAAAUUGAAGCAAGUUGCCGCGGGAGUUUGCUUUUCGAUGUAGGAUUAUGAAUUUUUGCUAAAAAUUACAAAUAAACGAAAAAUUUAAACAAG